AUGUCAGAGAGAAAGGCUAUAAACAAAUACUAUCCACCCGACUAUGACCCUUCCAAACUCCCCAAACAGAAAAAGAAAACCGCCAAUCAAACCAUCAAGAUCAGAAUGAUGGCACCUUAUUCCAUGCGAUGCACAAAUUGUAACGAAUACAUCGCUGAACGACGUUCCUUCAAUGCAAGAAAAGAAACAACCAAUGAACGAUAUCUUAAUAUAAAAAUCAUUCGAUUCUACAUUACUUGUCCUGGAUGUAAUAAUACAAUCACAUUUCGAACCAAUCCUCAAACUUCCGGAUAUGUGCCUGAACAAGGUGCAGUACGAAACUAUGAACCAACACGAAAAGUGACUUCUGAUGCCAAAGUUGUCGAAACUGAGGACGAAUUGUUGAAGAGAUUGGAAAGAGAAGAAGAAGAGAAUAAGAAAUUUCAAUUAUUGAAAGAAAAGAGGAAACGGAAUCCGUUCUGGUCUGAACGAGAGGCAUUGAAUGCCGGGGAUGGCGAUGUGAUGGAGAAUUUGGAAAAGAGGUUGAAGGAACAACAGAAGCAACAGGAGAUAAAUGAACAUUUGGAAGAACUACAGAAUCGAUUAGAUGACGUGGAAUCAAAAGGGGGGUCGGAUAAAGUGGCAGAAUUGGCCAAAGAAAAAGUAGAACGUGAGCUUGAAUUGCAACGUGAGAAUCAAUUGAAAGCUGAACUAGAUGACGCAGAAUUGGCGAAAUUAGCAUUUGAAAACAAAAAGCGACCAGCACCUGAACAAUCCGAGGAAGUAGAAAAGGAGGCUCUACAAGGCAUCCCGCCGCCCAGCAAGAAAGUACAUUUAAGAAAGCGUCCUGUCAUACCGUCAGCUAUAUCAAUAAAGAGAAAACCAAUACUACAACCCAAGAACGAAAUUAAUUUGGGAUACUCGUCAUCUUCAGAUAGCGAAUAA